AUGGGGAAUAUGUGUGAGGCAGGUAGUUCACCAACUAGGAUAAGCUCAUUAGAUAAAUUUGAAGUAGGUCCUGUGUUUGAUGAAUCUCCUACUAUUUAAAGUGCCUCACCUAAAAGGAGGAAAGUAAAUCGAGAUGAUUUUCUAAAUUUAGGAUUAAUUGGAAAAGUUUAAAUUAUUAAUAAAUAUAGGGAGCAUUUGGUUCAGUUUAUAAGAUAAUGAAAAAGGAUAAUGGAUAAAUAUAUGCUAUGAAGGAAUUAAAAAAAUAAACUUUAUCAGAUCAUAAUUUAGAAACAGUUAAUUUUUUAGAAAGAUUUGUAUUGAAAAGUAGUGAAUGUCCAUUUAUUGUUAAAUUAAGAUAUGCCUUUUAAACAUCCUCAAGAUGUUAUUUUGUAAUGGAGUAAAUUAAAUUUAAUAAUAAAAAUAGUUAUGUAUCAGGAGGUGAUUUACAUAGAGUUUUAAAAAAGAAUGGUGCAUUAUAAGAAAAAGUAGUGAAAUUUCUUGUUGCUGAAAUAAUCUUAGCAUUAGAAUAUUUACAUACAUAACUAAAAAUUAUAUAUAGAGAUUUAAAACCAGAAAAUAUAUUACUUACAGAAACUGGACAUAUAAAACUAACCGAUUUUGGAUUAGCUACAUAUAUUAAAGAUGAACAUUCAUAUACAGUAUAAAUAUUUAUAUUAAAUUUAGAUUGCAGGUACUCCUGAAUAUUUGGCACCUGAAAUUAUUGCUAGAUCUGGUCAUACUUAUGAAGUUGAUUUUUGGACAUUAGGAAUCCUUAUUUAUGAGAUGCUUUCAGGAUAUGCACCAUUUACUUGUGAAGAUCGUAAUGUUUGUAUCAUACAAAAUGUAUAUAUAUUUCUAUUAUUUUUAAAGCUCAUUAUGUAAAACAAACCCAUAUAUUCUCCUAAAAUCUCAAGCAACGCUCGCAAUCUAAUUUCUAGUCUUUUGAGAUUUAAUCCUAAAGAAAGAUUAGGAGCUAAGUCCUUUGAUGAUCUCAAACGUCACAACUUUUUUUAGAAUAUUGAUUUUCAAGCUCUCUCUUAAGGUCAAUUAUAAUCUCCUCUUGAGACUGUAGCUUAAAAAAAUAAAGUAGAAUAAGAAGAGUCUUUGAGUCCAAUUAAAAAUUAGGAUAGACCUCAAAACAGUCCUCUUAAUUGUUUACCAAUAGAUGAUUUUAGUUAUGAUCCUCAUCUUGAAAAUGAAAUUAACGCCUUGAACAGUUGA